UUCAGUCCCAGCUGGCUGGUUCUGGUGUGAAGCACUCUCUAUAGCCAAUGGGCCUCUGAGGAUGCACACAUAGUGGGGUGACAGGCAGCGUUGCUGAAGAAAAAGUGCACCCGUGCCUCAGGUGGGAGGAUGUGAUGACGUACCCCCACGCAGCGGGAACUCAGGCCUUUAAAAAGCCGAGGAAGCAGCCUCAGAGCAAGCGGUGGUUCCACUGGAGGAAAGCACACCCAGGUCUCACAUUAAAGAAGCCAAACUGUCUGCUUCAAAGAAAAAAGGCAACAUCCUGUCACAGGCCAUGCUCUGGCAAAAACCCACAGCUCCAGAACAAGCUCCGGCCCCACCUCGGCCAUACCAGGGUGUCCGAGUGAAGGAGCCCGUGAAGGAACUGCUGAGGAGGAAGCGUGGCCAUGCCAGCAGCGGGGCAGCUGUUACACCUACUGCGGUGGUGCUGCCCCAUCAGCCCCUGGCGACCUACACCACAGUGGGUCCCUCCUGCCUUGACAUGGAAGUUUCUGCUUCUACAGUGACGGAGGAGGGGGCCCUAUGUGCCGGCUGGCUUUCCCAACCUGCCCCGGCCACUCUCCAGCCCCUGACCCCAUGGACACCCUACACUGAGUAUGUGUCCCAUGAAGCUGUCAGCUGCCCCUACUCAGCUGACAUGUAUGUGCAGCCCGUGUGUCCGAGCUACACGGUUGUGGGGCCCUCCUCAGUGCUGACCUACGCCUCCCCUCCUCUCAUCACCAACGUCACGACAAGAAGCGCUGCCACACCCACGGUGGGACCCCAGCUGGAGGGCCCAGAGCACCAGGCGCCCCUCACCUAUUUCCCGUGGGCUCAACCUCUUUCCACGCUGCCCACCUCCACCCUGCAGUACCAGCCUCCAGCCCCAACCCUGCCUGGACCUCAGUUUGUCCAGCUCCCCAUCUCUAUUCCUGAACCAGUCCUUCAGGACAUGGAUGACCCCAGGAGAGCCAUCAGUUCCCUGACCAUCGACAAGCUGCUCUUGGAGGAAGAAGAUAGCAACACCUAUGAGCUUAACCACACCCUCUCCGUGGAAGGCUUUUAGGGCUGGAUCCCACUUGAGAGUCCUUUCCCCUGAAACUGGGAUUUAAAAAUAAGCUUGCAGUUGAGCUCAGAUUCAAAUCUGGAAUAACCAUUUUAUAACAUGACCAUUUCAUAACAUCAUAUCAAAACAUAACGUAACUACAGUUUUUACACGAAGCUAGAACUGUAGUCUUCCCUUUCUCCCUCCUUCUCUUUCUUAUUUUUUUUUCCAGUCCUCUUCCUUUGGUAAGAGAAAUUCAGGAUAUUAGGGAUAAUAUUUUAUGCCAAGUUUUGUCAAUUCUGCAAUUCACUUCGUUUCUAUUUCUAUCACUUCUCAUUACUCAGGGAUGUCCUUUUCUUUCCAGUGCCCUCUGCUGUGUCAUAGCAGCAGCACUGUAGAACUGUCUUAGGGCCAGUUACACCCUCUGUCAUUUUGAGAUAUAUGGGUGCCCUGCGGGGAGACCAGCCUUGCCAGCACCUCCUGGGCGAGGCAGCCCAGGGCAAACCUGAUGCCAGAGUCCUUGAGCUGUCAGUUCUCAUAGUUGCUCCUUUGUUUGCUGUUCUCAGCCUUGGCCAGAUUUACAGUCUAGGCAGCAAAGGCUCAAGGGCUGGGGCUCAGCAUAGUGACAGAUAGGGAAGGGAAAGGAACAUCAGGUUGGGUAGGGGCAGGUCAGGGAAGGGAGAGAGGGCAGAAGAGGGCUGGGAACAUACUUUGGGGUUGGGGUGGGGGUGUGGAAGGGGAAGCUGGGUCUUAGGGGGAGAGGAAGAAGGCUGAGGAGUCAUUUAGCUCUAGCUUUCUUGAUUUCUAAGAGGGACAGUGAAUUCAGGAAAAAUAUUGCAUUAAGAGUUAGUUUUGAAGCUCUUCUAGAGGAUGUUUCCAAAGAAAGCCGAGUUGUCAUAAACAGAAGGAUGGAUGUGUUUUGUGUCCCUUUCCAGAUACUCUGCCAUACCCCAUGAAGCCUAUUGGCAAGGGGUCCUGCUUAGUGAUGUUAUGUGGAUUUUCUAAAUGUCUUAGGGCAUCUAUAAGCCACCAUUAUGAGGAGCCAGGGCUUCUUCCUUCCAAGCACCAUCCUUCCUGGGGGUUUCUAGAGCCUUAGCCAGAAGUACCAUUAGGUUUUAUUUCAAUUUUUCUUUUAUAUCAUUGCAGGGGACUGAGUACAAUUGUUGCCAGGGUGCUUAGCUCCUGAUGGUGGAUGUGUGCCUUGGGAGCCAGCACAAUCGUCUGCUGAUGACACCAUUAGGCAGUCACUUUAGUCAGCAGAAUCCACAUAGAAGUAAUAUGGGAGGGAGAAGGGGAAUUGCACGGAAGAUGGAAGGAGACCCUCAUCGUUAUACAAAAUACAUAUAUGAUGGU